AUGCGGAACACAUGCAAGUCCAGAUUGAAAGAUAAGGAAGGCAAGUCAAAGCGGAAAGAAAGCCUUAGCCGGAGCAGUAGCCAGAGAAGCAAGAACAGCAAGGCAAAAAGUGGUCUCAGGCAUUCCAACUGCAUGAACGUAAAUCUUAUCUAUGUCACAGGUUUGAUGAUCGCUAACGCACACAAAACCAAUAUCAUAACUUUUUUUGCAGGCAGAAGGAAAGAGAAAACGAGCGAAACGAAGUGGAGCGAGGGGGAGGGAGGAUCUACUUGGAAUUGGCUGUCAGUGAAUCCCAAGUAUGACAUAGAUAGAGGAAAGAAAAUCUCUUACAUGCCGAAGGUACAUCUGAGACCUUCCUUCCAAGCAACUAUGACAUAG